AAGUGACGUGUACGGACGAGAUUAAAAGGCAAUGGACGGCUGAGAUAUUGGCAAUAAUCUUGACCCAUUUACUGACCCAUUCAGGAAUUCAAACACCAUUUUCCUCCCAUUAACUGUCCCAGAAAUUGAGAGAGGCGAAAAUUCUCAAAUUAGGGCGGCAAAAAACGAAGCGGGAUUGCGACUGAUUCUCAUGUUGCUUGUUUUGUCGAUGAAUCCGACAUUGAAUGUGAUUGCUCCUCCAGUCCAUCUUCUCCAUCUACGAAAUCGGGUACGGUGUUAAUUUUUUGUUGGAAUUUUGUUGUUUAAUUUGAGCUGAAAUUUUAGCCUCAGCUCCGAUGGUCUGUACGCUUCUGGCGUCGUCCCAUCUCCAAAUCAAAAGUGAAAAGAUAAAAUAAAAAUACCCACCGAAGCUAUACACACAGCUUCCUGUAUGUAUUUUGGUUUUGUGAAAGAGAAAGAGAAAGAGAGAGCUAAGCUCGACAGCUUCAACUUUCUCUCUCGAAAUCAGCUCAAUUUUGUAGUUUUUACAGUGAUUGAAAGACGGGAUGUUCCAGGCAGAGAAACUCCUUUGCACCUCGCAGUGCACCUUCGUGAUGCAACUUCAGCUGAGAUUUUGAUGAGAGCAGUUGUUGAUUGGAGCCAUCAGAAUGAGAACGGAUGGAGUUCUCCCCAAGAGGUAGUUUGUAAUCGAGAGGAUAACAUCGCUAUGAUCAUUGCCUGGCACGACCAGCCUCUUGCUUGGGCCCAAUGAUAUCAUAGACUUCCUAGGAUUGUGGCAUUGGCAUCCAGAAUUCGUGACUUUUAUAUGGAGAUAACCUUCCACUUUGAGAGCUCAGUUAUACCAUCUAUUAGGAGAAUUGCAUCGUCAGACACUUAUAGAAUAUGGAAACGGGGUUCUAGUCUCCAUGCAGAUAUGACCCUUGCAGGGUUUGAUGGGUUUCGUAUUCAAUCGUCUAAUCAAACAUCCUCCAUUUGAUUAAGCAAAAUGACAGAUUCAGUAACGCUUUUUGUAUGAUUUUUUGCAUUAAUUGUUAUCUUUCUGGCCUUGUAAAACUACUAUAUAUAGUUGUAGGUGUCUUCAAUUAUUGGAGCAAUUAUCAGUUCAAUUAUUUCCUA